CCAUACCAUUUGAUUCAACAACCACAAAUCCUUGUUAUAUCACUAUUAUUAUUUGCUACAUAAAGUUUACGAUUAUUUGAUUCCAAUUGUGCAAGAUCAAACAUCAGUGUUGUGAAGAGUGGAAAGAUGAGUUCAACAAGAAAAGCUGUUGUAGCAGUGAGUGUUGGAGUUGUGGAAGCCAUGAAAGACCAGGGGAUCUGCAGGUGGAAUUUUAUCAUAAGAUCAGCGCAACAACAUGCGAAGAAUAAUCUCAGGUCGAUUUCCCAGACCAGGAACCUUUCUUCUUCAACUUCUGCUAUGGGUUCAAGCAAAUUGAGAGACGAGAAAAUGAAGCAGUCAGAGGAGUCUCUGAGGAAAGUCAUGUACUUGAGCUGUUGGGGUCCCAAUUGAAGGCAGUAUAUUCUUAAUAUAUAUAGUCAGCUGAAGAAGGUGAUCAACUGAGCAUACGAGUGAGUUCUGAUGGAACUUCGUUGUGUAGAAAAGACUUCAGGAUUAACGGGGUACAAGAGAUUUUAUACAUGGCUUGUUGGUGGGAAAUGUCAGGCCGAGCUGGUCAUGGAGGAAAUUACAGACUGAAUUAUAAUGUGCUCUUCCCUCUGCUCUAGUAUGAUGACUAGAGUAGCGGUUUACCGUUUGUCAAUUAUUGCUGAAACCAAACCAUGUAUAUGUCUAUUCACGCACUGGUACUGACAACGAAAGUUAUUGAAGGCUAUUAAUCUUCUUGAAACGAAA